AUGGCCGCAAUCAGUCUGCUUAAUCCCAAAGCUGAAUUAGCGAGAGCUGCGCAAGCUCUAGCUGUUAAUAUCUCAGCAGCAAAAGGAAUUCAAGAUGUGAUGAAAACUAACCUCGGGCCUAAAGGAACAAUGAAAAUGUUGGUUUCUGGCGCCGGUGAUAUCAAAAUCACCAAAGAUGGCAAUGUAUUGCUACACGAGAUGCAGAUUCAGCACCCUACCGCAUCGCUGAUUGCGCGGGCCUCCACUGCCCAGGACGACGCUACUGGCGAUGGUACUACUUCCACUGUACUCCUUAUAGGAGAACUACUGAAACAAGCUGACAUCUAUAUCAGUGAAGGCCUGCAUCCUAGAAUUCUCACAGAAGGGUUUGACAUGGCUCGAGCUAAAGCUCUAGACGUGCUUGAUUCUAUUAAGAUUCCUAUUGAAGUAAAGCGUGAAAAUUUACUCGAUGUUUCUCGCACAUCACUAAAGACUAAGGUCCAUGCUAAGUUAGCUGAUGUGUUGUCUGAUGCCUGUGUGGAUGCAGUUCUCACAGUGCGUACUCCUGACAAACCUGUUGACUUACAUAUGGUUGAGAUCAUGGAGAUGCAGCACAAAACUGCCACUGAAACUACUCUUGUUAAGGGCUUGGUAUUGGAUCACGGCACGCGCCAUCCCGACAUGCCAAAGCGUGUUGAAAAUGCUUACAUUCUUACAUGCAACAUUUCUCUCGAGUAUGAGAAAACAGAAGUUAAUUCUGGCUUCUUCUACAAGUCAGCUGAGGACAGAGAGAAGUUGGUUGCGGCUGAAAGGGACUUCAUUGACCAGAGAGUCAAAAAGAUAAUCGCCUUGAAAAAAAAGCUUUGCGAUGGCACCGACAAGACCUUCGUUGUCAUCAACCAGAAGGGAAUUGACCCUCUAUCUCUUGAUGCCUUCGCCAAGGAAGGGAUCAUGGGCUUACGUAGAGCCAAAAGACGUAAUAUGGAACGUCUGGCUUUGGCUUGUGGGGGUACCGCUAUGAACUCGGUGGAUGACCUUACAGAAGAGUCCCUUGGAUUUGCUGGACUCGUCUAUGAACAUAUUCUUGGAGAAGACAAAUACACCUUUGUUGAACAAUGCAAGAAUCCUCAUUCUGUCACAAUCCUCAUUAAAGGUCCAAACAAGCAUACACUAACCCAGAUCAAGGAUGCUGUCCGCGAUGGACUUCGAGCUAUAAACAAUGCUAUCGAAGAUAAGUGUGUGAUUCCAGGAGCUGGUGCAUUCGAGAUUAAAGCCAACAUGGAGUUACAAAAAUAUAAAGACACUGUCAAGGGCAAGGCGAGACUCGGUAUUCAAGCUUAUGCUGAGGCAUUACUGGUCAUACCAAAAAUUCUCGCAGUUAACUCCGGUUACGAUGCUCAGGAUACAAUUGUGAAAUUGCAGGAAGAAUCACGUUUAAACCCUGACCCUAUAGGUCUAGACUUGAGUACAGGUGAGGCUAUUAAGCCCACAGACCUAGGUAUUAUUGACAAUUAUGUUGUCAAAAAGCAGAUUAUUAACUCCUGUUCCGUUAUUGCUAGCAAUCUUCUUCUCGUUGACGAGAUCAUGAGAGCAGGAAUGAGCAGUUUGAAGGGAUAA